UUUUUUUGGCAAAAAUAUUUAUUUUUGAAAUGGCAGGAGGGGGUAAGAUGGUCCGUAUUUUUCAUUCUGUUUUAUCGUCCCUUUUGAUAGCAAAUGAAGAAUAUUUUCAAAUUAAAUAACUGUAUUAUCAUGACUUUAAAAGAGCGUUGUUAAUUGUUUAAAAUACGAUUAGGAAAUAUGGGAUAUACUGCGUGUUGAUAACCCAAAGGUAUAGCUCAACUACUAUAUGUCUCUGGCGUAUUUGAACGUAUAGAAAAAUGAUAAACGUUUAGAUGUAAAAAAUAUGAAUGUUGAUCGAUUAAAUGGUAUGGUAUGUGGGCGGUUUAAAACGUCUUGGGCUCGCUUUUGGUUUGUAAGUGGACUGCUUAUUCUUUUUAUCGAGGUCGGGCAUUACUAUAAACAGGUGGUGCUCUUGUAUAUACAGAUACUUCGCAUAACAAAGCGGUCGCGCCUUGGCUUGUUUUAUUAAACGGAGUGUGUCGUAUCUUACAAGUGAACCCUUGUUAUGGGCUAUUGUCACAGAGGGUAUAAGCCAGACAGCACGUCUCUGUUGUUUUUGCCAUGAAAAAAUCGAACAAAACCGACUGACACACUGAUAAGAGUGUAAAAACUCGAUGUAAUGAAAAUACUUUUAACGCCCUGCGGUUUCUAUGCGAUAUUAAGUUGUUUUGCUGGUACCACAAGCCGUAUGUGCCUGCAUCGUAGCGCGGUGGGCUUAUAUAGGUGUUAAUUUGGAGUAAGGGGCUUGAACGUCGGCGCGACUGGGUAUACCGGUCAACUAUAGCUUAAUCUCUAUUAUAGCCGGGAUAAGGAUCAAUCAAAUAAGCUUUGUGGGCCGCACGGUGUGGGAUGUAAAGUUUGCCAUUAUUGUCAACGGACAUCGGGACUCGGAGCCUAUUCAUAAACACGGAGACGAGGUUCUGGUUUUGAAACGGCACGGAAUCCAGCGCCGUGAUUCGCCGUUGUGUGGCAUGUCACCCUAAUGGACCCUUAAGAGGAUUGCCCUGUUAAGACUCGUGCCAACGCUGGAUCCCUAUUGUCUGAUGCUGAUAUACCUGCGACGAAUUCCGGUGCCCAAUCCCAACCUUUUCCCGGUGUAUAUAUUGUCGCACAUUAUAAGUUUUUCCCAAGUCUAACUGGAGCGGGGAGUGCGUGCCAUAGCUUGGUGUCUAGGAAUUAACGUUAGAAAAUAUGGACGCCAAAGAAAGCCAAGCUGUUCAAUCGUGAGCAUUUCUGUAUACCAACACGUCAGUUAGGUUAGGCGGAAUAAAAUCGCUGCGCAGAAAGGAUUUUUUAACUCUAGGAAAAUGCGAAGCAAAGAAAAGUGUUGCUGUAUUUUCCAAAAGCCCUUUUGUUUUUUCGUUAGGUGUUCCGUGUUUUUAACUUUCACCUUUUAAUUCAGAAGUUUUGCAUGUGUGUUAAACAACGUGGCGAUCCAAAAUGAACGUUUGGAACAGUCAUGUGCCUCAGUAUGGUCUACAGACCUUUAGGACACCCCAUUUCGGCCUGGACAGUGGCAAAAUUUUAGAUCCGACUUUUUGUGCUUACAUGGAGAAGAAUGACAAGCCCACAAACAAAAUGGAGUCAGCUACGAAGUCGUACCCGCCAAGUUGCAUCGACAGUAGAAGUAAGCCGAUUAAGCGAGCUUCCAGCACUGAUUCAAAGGACGGAUUUGGGCAGAACUGUUUACGAAAAUCUACCAGCGUACCGGAAGCUUUAAAAGAAAGCUUUCCGUUUUAUAAUCCGAACAAGUUACAUGAGGCUAACUUGCAUCAGUACGCCAAUUAUUUCGGGGCGAAUCCAAUAUUUGCUCAUUUGUAUCCAAACCGUUGGUUUACGUUAAGUCAGCUUUUGCUAAGCAAGCAACUGCUGCAUUCGUUGAACACAGGGCCGACGUAUAUUCAUAAACAAUGCGAAAAACGUGGAGCUAUGAUGACCCCAACAACUCCGACAAGAAUGAUUCCUUUGGACUUCAAUUACAGCUUUCCUAUAACAUGUCCUCUUUACCAAGAACAGAUUAAACGAAGUAAUAUUUUUAAUGGUUUUGAAAGUACAACAAAAGCGUCAGAAACAUCACCAAAUCUUAGCGAGAAAAUAAUUCUGUCCCAUCCGCAAACUAAAAACAAUCUUAGUCAAAAAUAUCAAUUAAAAACAAGCGCAAGGUCAGGACAAAAAGUGGAUUUCGAUUCUCUGAUUUCAAAAACUGAAUCCGAUCUUAAUCUGUGUUUGCCCCACUCCUGUGAGAAUAAGUUUAACCCUUGCCGUUUGGACAUUACUGGGUCGCUGGACCAUCUUGCUGCAGAGAGCACAACACGAUAUAAGCGACCGGACGGAAAGGACAGGAAGGCCCAUCAAUGCUUAUACUGUGGGAAACUGUACUCUAGAAAAUAUGGGUUAAAGAUCCACAUUCGAACUCAUACUGGUUACAAACCACUAAAGUGCAAGGUCUGUGGUCGUCCUUUUGGUGAUCCAAGCAACCUGAACAAGCAUGUUCGUCUUCACGCUGAAGGCGAGACCCCUUAUCGAUGUGACUUCUGCGGGAAAGUUUUGGUUCGUCGUCGGGACUUAGAACGCCACAUCAAAUCACGACACCCCGGUGAAAAGAAUAGAAUUGUAGAAAAAAUGAGCGUCAUUGCGUGCCCACCUGCCGAUCCGAGGUUGUGGCGGCCAGCGAUCUGACUUUUUUUAUAAAAUUGCUUACUUUGUGCCUUAGUAUAGUACUGUGGGGUAAGAUGGGACACCUUUAGCACAUAAUAUCCAAAUAUUUCUAUCGUGAUUU